AAUGCAGACAAUUCUGGGGCAUUUGGUGCAUUCACCGUGUUGUGCAACCACCACCUCUAUCUGGUUCCAGAAUAUUGUCAUGACUCCAGAAUAAAACUCCACACUCCUUAAACAGUAGCCCCAUUCCCCUCUCCCCUGGCCCCCCCGCAACCCCCAACCUACUCCCUGUCCCUGUGGAGCCGCCUCAUCUGCACAAACGGCAUCGUGGACGCUGCGGCCCUUUGUGACUGGCCUUCUUCCCUCCGCGUGGGGCUGCCGGGGCUCAUCUGUGCUGUGGCAAGUGUCGGGGCCUCCUUCCGGGUAACGUUCCACCGGACGGACAGACGCGUUGAGCCAUGUCAGCGCUGCCUGCGGGGGACCAGACCGCAGUGUAGGUCUCGUACCGCACCUCUGAGGACAAGUGCUGGGACCCACUCCGGGCCGAACCCGGAGAUGCUUUGCAUCAUAGCCUUGCAGAGUCUUGGCGGACAGGCUAUAAACUCUCAGGAGAAGAAGGUGGAUCUCGGAGCCAUGUGAGCACCAUGGCCAGGAUGGGCGAGGACUUCUCCUCCCAGAUGAAGAAGAUGGUUUUGGCCGUGGGCACGUCCCCGUUGCACAAGGACGCAGACCUGCUGCCCACCAACUUGAGGCACUACGGCUCCUUCAACUAAAUCCGGUUUGAGAACAUGCAGAAGUUCCAGGCCUUGGGGCAGCAGAGCGCCAUCUGCAAGGUCUUCCAGACCCUGGAUGAGGACAAGAGUGGCUUCGUCGAGUGGAAUGAGAUAAAACACAUCCUGUCCACCGCUGUCUCCGGCAGCGGGUCCACCGCCCCACUGACGGACGCGGAGGCCGAGGCCGUGAUGCAGGCGGCUGACAUGGACGGGGACGGAAGAAUUGACUUCGAAGGUGGGGCAGCAGAGAUGAGAGGGGCAGGGAUACCUCUCGGGACCUCCCUGGCCACCCUCCACCCCCGCUGCAAUCAUUCGCACUCAGGCCGUCAGUACUGAGUCCAGCGCCUGUCUUGGUGCAGGGCUGAGCGGGCUCCCCACUGCCAGGCGUGGACCCCAUGCCCCAAAGCUGACAGCGGCCUGUGGAGGUCACCACACCCCCAAUCCACAGAUGGGGAGACUGAGUCUCGGGGAUGCUGAGUGGAGCAGGGAGUUUCACCGGGCCCGGGGGGCUGCUGCGGCGCCUGAGCAGA